GCUGAGAGCGGGCAGAUGUUGAUGGAGCCGCGGCUGGUGAGCGUCGAGGAGCCGGCAGGAGCGCGCGAGUGAAGAUGGGGGUGAUGGAGGCGCAGAGCCGCGGAUAGGAUGGACGCUCGUUUGUGGGGAUUAUUAUUAUUAUUAUGAUUCACAGGCAGGUGCUGUUCUCUCAGGAUUUGAUGUGCUUUGAGUUGGCGAGUCAAUAUGCUGCUGCACCUGUGUAAUGUUAAGAACCUGUACCAGAACCGGUUUCUGGGACUGGCCGCCAUGGCCUCUCCAUCGCGGAGCUCCCAGAACCGGCGCCGGUGCAAGGAUGGGUCACGCUUCAGCUAUGCGGCCGGGCCAUUCCCACCCAACCACGCCCUAGAUCCCCUAUCCCUCCCACGGUCCACCAGCGACACAGACCUGGUGUCCUGCCACAGCCGCUCCACCCUCACCGUCAGCACCUCGCUCUACUGCAUCGGCCAGUCCCAGGACAUUCUCAUCUGCUGGGACAUCAAAGAGGAAGUGGAUGCUGGAGACUGGAUCGGGAUGUACCUGAUUGAUGAGGUUCUUUCAGAGAACUUUCUGGACUACAAGAACCGUGGGGUGAACGGAUCACAUAAAGGGCAGAUUGUGUGGAAGAUCGAUGCCAGCUCAUGCUUUGUAGAGUCUGAAACCAAGAUCUGUUUCAAGUAUUAUCAUGGAGUGAGUGGAGCGCUGAGAGCCACCACACCCUGUGUAACAGUGAAGAACACGUCUGCUACCGUGUUGAAGCCCGUAGUGAGUCAGGAGGUCACUCAGAGUCUGGGGAACAGGCGGCUCAUCAGCUUCUCCCUGUCAGAUAUCCAGGCAAUGGGUCUGAAGAAGGGAAUGUUCUUCAACCCUGAUCCAUAUUUGAAGAUCGCCAUCCAGCCUGGAAAGCACAGCAUCUUCCCUGCUCUUCCCCACCACGGCCAAGAGAAGAGAUCCAGCAUCAUCUGCAACACCAUCAACCCUGUCUGGAAGAGAGAGAGGUUUAACUUUGUGUCCCUGCCCACGGAUGUGCUGGAGAUCGAGGUGAAAGACAAGUUUGCCAAGAGCAGGCCCAUCAUCAAACGCUUUCUGGGCAAGCUGAGUGUGCCUGUGCAGAGGCUGCUGGAGAAGCACGCUAUCGGCGAUCGUGUGGUGAGCUAUGCUCUGGGCCGCAGGCUGCCAACGGAUCAUGUCAGUGGACAGCUGCAGUUUCGGUUCGAGAUAACAUCCUCCAUUCAUCCAGAUGAUGAGGAGGUGUCUGCCAAUGCAGAGUCAGACUGCAUAGUGGCUCCUGAACUGCAGCAGGUGGUGGAAGAGUUGGACGUUGACCCAGUAGCGGCAGCAACAGCAGCAGCAGUAGUAGCUUCUGACUUGGCUGCAGAGGACACAGCGAUAAUGGGGCCAGUUGAACCUGAGCACCUGGAAGAAAGUUCUUCGGAAGUGGUUGCAGGAUCACAGGAUUCUGCACUUAUUGCAUCUUCUGCUAAGCCUAAUACCCAUUCCCCUGAUGAUCUUCAGUCUGAGCUGGCAGGCUCACAGGAAGAUACUGGUGAGACAGAGGUGGCACCAGAGGAAGUAGUGGAAAGCAGGGUAUGUGAAGAGAUGCCCAGCACAGUAGUAGAGCAAUCGACUGGGAAUCAAGAGCAGAACCUUGAGGAAACAGAAUCUCAGGAACUGGAGGAGGUGCAGCAGGAAGGGCAGCAGGUAGCUGAUGUUGAUGGUGAUGUAGAAGUUCUGGAGACUUGUCCAGAUGAACCUGCUGAGGGUUUAGCUACUACAGGAGAAGCCGAAGCUACUGGGGAGGAAGUAGAAGUGCAAGAAGCACAAGAAGCGCAAGAAGGCCAAGAAGUGGAAGGAGCCACUGGUUUGGAGAAUAAUGAAGCAAGAAACGAAGGAGACAGCGAUGGUACAGAAGAGCCAUGUUCACCAAGAAUGAGGCGCAUGCUGAAACGCAAGGCUAUGAUGCGUCGGCCCUGCUCCCUUCCCGUGUCUGAGCUUGAGACGGUCAUUGCUUCAUCUUGUGCCGAACCAGAAACCCCUCGCUCACAUUACAUCCGCAUCCACCGCUUGCUGCACAGCUUGCCUUCCGCCCAGCAGCGGUUCAACAGCCAGGAUGAUGAAGAAGCUCUCGAUCUGGAGACUUCUGAAGAGCUCACUCUGAAACCUGCCCCUGACAAAGAGGGGGACGUAGAUGAAAAUGAAGACGACGCAUCUGAGGCCCAGUCUCCAUCCAUAGUUCCAGAAUGCCCUGGACCGUGUUGUAGAAGGACCUUACCCAGAAGCCUCUCUAUCGAACGGUUAUCUGAGCUCAACCAGCUGUUAGACGGUGAGACCCCCUCGCCUCGAACCCCACGCUGCCCGGACAGUGAGGAUGGGGAGCUGGAUAGUGGCAGAGGGGGUCUAAGAGGGCCCAGAGAGAGCGAAUGCGAACUGUGUGACACUUCAUGCUAUAGUACCUCCUGUUACAGCACGUCCUGCUACAGCACGUCCUGUUACAGCAACUCCUGCAUCGAGGGGCGCAACCGUUUCUGCAGCCACACACGCCUCUCGUCUGUGGACAGCACACGCCUCUCAGAGAGCACCGUCUUCUCCUCUCAGGAAGAGGAAGAGGAGGAGGAGAACAGCGCGUUUGAGUCGGCGCCAGAUUCCCAGAGCCCGGAAGCGAGGGAGCCAGGAGACAGUUCAGCCCCUUGGAGGGAAGAGCAGGCUGAGGGGGGUCACAGAAACGGAGAGCAGGGGGAUCAGUCUCCAGUAGCUGGCCCCAGCCUGAGGGCUCCAGGCACUAGCCACUUGCCAUGCAGUCACCAUUCAUUCACUCAGCUUCCUGCUUUGAGAGCCAACCCCCAGAACUUUUUCCCAAGUGUUGAUGAAACGUUGCCACCAAACUGGGAGGCACGGGUAGACAGUCAUGGGCGUGUGUUCUAUGUGGACCAUGUGAACCGCACCACCACAUGGCAGAGGCCCAGCCAUGCACCUAAAUGCCCCGGCAUGCACAGAUCCAACUCCAUCCAGCAGAUGGAGCAACUCAACAGAAGGUAUCAGAAUGUUCAGAGGACCAUGGCCACUGAGGAUGACUCCGGUGGCCGAAGGCCUGAGGGCAGCAGCAGCAGCAACAACACAGAGACAGAGACUGACCUCCCUCCUCAGCCGGCCGAUGUGAGGCGAGACGGCCCCUCCUCACCAGUUAGCAGUCAGAAAGUUACUGUUCUGCUGCAGUGCCCAGCGGUUAAGUUUGUCACCCAUCCUGAAUUCUUCACUGUUCUCCAUGCUAACUACGGUGCAUACCGGAUGUUUACCAACAGCACCUGUCUAAAGCACAUGAUUCUGAAAAUCCGAAGAGAUGCGCGCAACUUCGAGCGAUACCAGCAUAACCGCGACCUCGUCACUUUCCUCAAUAAGUUUGCGGACACCCAGCUGGAGCUGCCCAGGGGCUGGGAGAUCAAAACUGAUCCACAGGGCAAGUCAUUCUUUGUGGACCACAACAGUCGAGCCACCACCUUCAUUGAUCCCAGAAUUCCUUUCCAGAAUGGCCGUCUGCCCAACCACCUCACACACAGGCAACAUCUACAGAGACUACGCAGCUACAGCGCUGGAGAGGCGUCUGAUGUAUCUCGCAGUAGAGGCGCAUCUCUCAUGGCCAGACCUGGAAACAGCCUGGUAGCAGCCAUCAGGAGCCAGUACCAGCCUGAUUCAGUGCCCUUAGCGUAUAAUGAAAAGAUUGUGGCGUUCCUCCGGCAGCCCAACAUCCUGGAGAUGCUGCAGGAGAGGCAGCCUAGUUUGGCCCGCAAUCACACACUCAGGGAGAAGAUCCAUUACAUCAGGACUGAAGGGCCACAGGGUGUGGAGAAGCUGUCCUGUGACGCAGACGUUGUCAUGCUGUUAAGCCUGUUCGAAGAGGAGAUCAUGUCGUACAUCCCCACCCACCCCUUCCACCCCAGCCUCAGCUUCUCCCCACGAUGUUCUCCUGGAUCCUCACCACAGAACUCACCAGGACUGCAGAGAGCCAGAGCGCCUGCCCCAUACCGCAGAGACUUUGAAGCCAAACUGCGCAAUUUUUACAGGAAGCUCGAAGCCAAGGGCUAUGGCCAGGGGCCAGGAAAAAUCAAGCUAAUCGUCAGAAGAGAACAUCUGCUGGAAGGCACUUUUAACCAGGUGAUGGCCUACUCGCGCAAAGAGCUCCAGAGGAACAAGCUCUACAUUACGUUUGUGGGAGAAGAAGGUCUGGACUACAGUGGGCCUUCGCGGGAGUUCUUCUUCCUGCUGUCUCAGGAGCUGUUUAACCCUUACUACGGCCUGUUCGAAUACUCAGCCAACGACACCUACACUGUUCAGAUUAGCCCCAUGUCCGCCUUUGUAGAGAACCAUUUAGAAUGGUUCAGGUUUAGUGGGCGCAUUCUGGGCCUGGCGCUGAUUCAUCAGUACCUGCUGGAUGCUUUCUUCACUCGUCCGUUCUACAAAGCCCUGCUCCGACUGGCGACUGAUCUGAGUGAUUUAGAAUAUCUGGAUGAGGAGUUCCACCAGAGUCUGCAGUGGAUGAAGGAUAAUGACAUUACAGACAUUCUGGAUCUGACCUUCACUGUUAAUGAGGAAGUGUUUGGACAGGUAACAGAGAGGGAGCUGAAGUCAGGAGGAUCCAACAUCCAGGUGACAGAGAAGAAUAAGAAGGAGUACAUUGAAAGAAUGGCCAAGUGGAGGGUGGAGAGAGGGGUGGUGCAGCAGACAGAAGCGCUGGUCCGGGGUUUCUAUGAGGUGGUGGACUCACGUCUGGUGUCAGUUUUUGAUGCUCGAGAGCUGGAGCUGGUCAUUGCAGGGACAGCAGAAAUAGAUCUGAUUGACUGGAGGUCCAACACAGAGUAUAGAGGAGGGUUUCAUGAUGGACACGUAGUGAUCCGGUGGUUCUGGAUGGCGGUGGAGCGUUUUAAUAACGAGCAGAGGCUGAGAUUGCUGCAGUUUGUGACGGGCACCUCCAGUGUUCCCUAUGAAGGCUUUGCAGCUCUGCGUGGGAGCAAUGGUCUGCGCUGCUUCUGCAUCGAGAAGUGGGGGAAGAUCACCUCACUACCCAGGGCCCACACAUGCUUCAACCGUCUGGAUUUGCCUCCAUAUCCUUCCUACACGAUGCUGUAUGAGAAGCUACUGAUCGCUGUGGAGGAGACCAGCACUUUUGGCCUGGAGUAGAGACUAUAUUUUCUAAACUUACUUUAAUUUAAAUUUCAGUGACUCUGUCCUACAGAGACUGCUAUUUUAUACUGAAUUGCAUCUGAGGAUUAAUUUGAGAGUAUGUGAAUUUUUAUUUGAGAUUAAUUGAAACUGCAUGAGUAUAUUGUACAUAUUGUACUACUGUGGGGUCGGGGAGGUGUAGUUAAACCUGCGUCCAGCCUACUGACUGUUCCUCUGCUACUGUUCAUCUGCAGAGCCAUUGUUACUAAAGAGGCAUUGCUCAUUUUCCUGAUAUACUGUUAUAUUGCAUGGGGGACAAAGCCCACCUGACAAGAGCUUCACCAAUGGCCUGCAGCUUCAUUAAGACAAAACAUGACACAAAUUAUUUACAUACAUGUUUGUUUUAUAGCCAAAACCCUGUGAAGAUUCAUUCUUAUAGUUUAUUCUUCUUGUAUGUUUUCAAAGAAGAGUUUAAAAAAUCACCCGUGGCCAACGUUAAAGAUCGUUCAGAUUGUUUGCAGAAGUUGCUCACUCAUAUUCUUCUACCACGGGUAGAUCACUGUGACCUUAAUAAUGAUCAAAGCUCAAUGGAUGACUGCCUUGAAUUGUGAAAAACAAGGCUAGACAUUUUAGUUUAAUCAGUUAAAGCAGCAGUCUGUAAUUUUUUUCUAUUAAAUUGAAAGCAAAAAGUAUUUCUGAGUGGGCAUGGGACAAAUAUUUGAAUGAAUGGCUAACAGCUGGCUUUUUUAAGUAAAUUCAACUUAUUUGGGAUCGGAAUACAUUACUGGAUCUCUGAAAGCUGCUGGAGAACAGAGGUAGGCUUUUCAACAAAGGUUAGUACUCUUUAUCAUGUUUUACUAUACCAAAAGUCCACUUUACACCAGAGUUCUGUAGAGAGCUGUAUUUUUGCCUGAGUGAAAACACUAAAGAACAGAAGUGAUGAGGCUCCUGCUCCUGAAACUGUGUCGUCUUAGUGUGAUAUAAGUAGGAAGUUUAAGAGAAGGCAGUUGAGCCAGGUGAUGUAAGCGAUUUUACAGUAGGCUCAGAUUAGCAACGUAAUUCACCUCACAGUGCUCUGCACCCUGAGCCUGUACUCCCAGCUCUAAAAUAACACUGUAGAUGCUUUCACUGCUGCUGUUGUUGGAGAGAGGUCGGGGAUGCCCAUCAGAAGAUACACGGUGGAGGGCAUGACGUUGAGCUUUGAUUUGUCCCCACAAUUCUGUGUCAAAUGAGAAGACCUGUUUCUCUGCUUCUUCUUUAGCUUGUCAUUUGUUGCCUUUACCCUGAAGAUCACUGCACAGAUCACCACAAACACAAAGGAAUGCCAUUAUAUUUAUAUAUGUAUAUAUAUAUAUAUAUACCAUCUUUGUCAUACAAAAAUUGUGUAUCUGGAAAAUGGUAACAUUACAAUAAAAGGAAAAUCCUUCUUUCUUGACUUUCAGUGGAAAUCAGUGUUUAAAUAUUUUAUUCCAAGUCAUUUUGCUUUUGGAGCUUUUCUAUUGGAUACUUUUCUUUUGCAUUCGUCCUGAAACUGUGCUACAAUAUAAAGAAGAGUUAUAUAAGAGCAUAAUAUAAAUUUGGCUGAUGUCCUUUAAUCUGUUUUAGAAUUGUGAUGAAUAGAAAUGCUCCAAAAUGCAACAUGUCUUAAAUAUGUCUGCACUGACUUCAGUUGUUUAAUUUCUUUCUGCUGUAAAAUUGCUAUUUUGGAGAUUAGAGAUUUUUGUAUGAUAGUGUUGUGUGUAUAUAUAGCAUUAAACAUUCAUAGUUAAUUAAAGCAAUAUUCAUUACUGAUGCUACACUAUUAUAUUAACCCCUGUAGCUAUUGAAAACUAAGAAAUUUGAAAUAUAAAAACAGACCCAAACACUAAUCCAGCCUCUAAUUAUUAAUUAUUACCUGUAAGUAUGUAUGCCUAUUGCAGAUAUUAAUGUACUUAUUUUUGUACAUCAUGUGUGUUUUAUAUGGUUUCAUUGAGAAGCUACUGUACUGUACUGUGUUGGGAUUUAUUUAAUAAGUGAUUACCUUUCAUUUUUAUUUUCAUUGAUGCUGUAAGAAUGCCUAACUCAGACUGUGAUGUUAAUUAUUAUUUAUUGUUUCUAUUUUAAAUUAUUUGUAAAUGCCUUCUUUGUGUAUUUGUAUACACAGUCAUGUUGUUGUUAUUUUGAAAGGGACCAUUAAUGGGGAACACACAGUUGUUAAUAAUGCUAUACCUGUUAUUGCCUAUGACAGAUUUUUAUUAUUUUUCUUCAGCUGCAGUCCUGGGGCAGGUCCUGUGCACGCUGUGUGAUGUCAGUAGUUUUUCUGCACCUGGGUCAUAUGAUUAGUUAAUGAUCACAGCCUUCCUGAGCUGAAUCGGGUGUUUUUAAAUCAAGAGAAACACGAGACAGCUGUGCAGCUGGACUACAGAACUGAAGCUGAAGCACUGAUCUGAUCUAAUCCACUGAAUGAUUUGGAAAUGUAAAGACACUAAUGUACCCAAACUGUAUUUAAACCAGAUCCUUAUAAAUUAACUUUCACCAUUCAGCAGUACAGAGCUUGCCUUUACUUAUUCUGUGUUGUAUAUGUGUGUUUUACUGUGUGUUUUAGCUUAGAUUUGUCUAAGCUGUCAGUAUGAUUGAGGUUGUUUGGAAUAUACUGUAUACCUGAAUAUCUGUAAUGUUUAUUACAGUUAAAUAAUGAAUGCCUGAAUCGUGCAUUUAGGAUUGAGAGCAUGUUAGAUUGAGAAAUUAGGUUAAGAGGCCAGUUUACCCCCUGGUGCACUACAAACCACUGUACUGGGAGAUUUUUUACUGUGUCAAAAGUUUUGAUUUGCAGUUCAAGUUUUAUUACUGCAAUUACUGCUAUGUUUUCUGUUUAUUUUCAAGAUGAUACAGCUCUGGAAAAAAUAAGAGACCACUUCAGUUUCUGAAUCAGUUUCUAUGAUUUUGCUAUUUAUAGGUAUAUGUUGAGUAAAAUGAACAUUGUUAUUUUAUUCUAUAAACUACGGACAAAAAUUCUCCCAAAUUCCAAAUUAAAAUACUGUCAUUCAGAACAUUUACUUACAGAAAAUGAGAAAUGGCUGAAAUAACAAAAAAGACGCAAAGCUUUCAGACCCCAAAUAAUGCAAAGAAAACAAGUUCAUAUUCAUAAAGUUUUAAGAAUUCAGAAAUCAAUAUUUGGUGGAAUAACCCUGUUUUUUAUUCACAGUUGUCAUGCAUCUUGGCAUGUUCUCCUCCACCAGUCUUACACACUGCUUUUGGAUAACUUUAUGCCUUUACUCCUGGUGCAAAAAUUCAAGCAGUUCAGUUUGGUUUGAUGGCUUGUGAUCAUCCAUCUUCCUCUUGAUUAUAUUCCAGAGGUUUACAAUUUGGCAAAAUCAAAGAAACUUUUUUUUUAUGUGUCUUAUUUUUUUUCCAGAGCUGUAUGUAUGAUAAAACCUUUCCCUUAUUUUCCAUUAUAUUUACACCUUAAAAACCUUCCCCACAAUGUGCCCAAUGUACAAUAAACCAACUGUUUUAUGAU